UCAUGUCUCUGCAACGCCAACAACAAGAUAACAAUGUACAAAGCUGUUGAUGUUCUCCUUACAUAUAGCAUUUGAUUCUAGCGCAACUUGCCAUAGGAAGAUUGCCUAUUUGAAGAGGAUGAAGGGGCUGUGCUUCCGGUGCCUUAGCAACAAACACCUCGUCAACAAUUGCAGGGAGCCAGUCAGAUGCUGGAACUGCAAAAGCUUCGGGCACCUUGCCCGUAGCUGUCCCAAAACUCCAAUGCCACAGCCCUUGUGUUGUCUCCUCCACUUUCUGCUAAGCUCCGCGACAAGAAGAAGCUACGCCGACGUCGUCAUGUCUUCGUCCGGCAAUCGUCGUGGGAGGCAUGAAGACAGGCCGGAGUUGGACCACUGCGCUAUGGCUGCUACUCAGGAUAUGCUGGAAGGAGAGCGUGCUUUCAUCAGCCAUGCCGUGGUGGUCUGGCUGGGCGAGAACCGGCCACGCACGGAGCUCUACCACGUCAUCGAAGCUUUCAAGGCGGAGUUCGGAGUGCAUUCCCAUCAGAUUCAGGUCUCCGAGCACGCUCCGGAGGACUGGCUGGUUUUCUUCACCGACCCCAGCUUGGCUGAGGCGGCUGCUGCCAGGCAGGCUUCAGAUGUGGUGGGCGCCACUUCCGCGUGGCUCCAUGGAGCGCGGACAGGCACACAGAGGAGGUUGACAUGCCUUUUCGUGCUCGUCUUUGCAUUGAGAACUUACCUGUCAAUGCAUGGGUGAGAGAAGCUGCUGAGAAGAUCAUCGGGCCUCACUGUGCAGUGUGCACUGGACUUCAUUGAGCCGAGUUCAGUGCGCCGUGAGAACACUUCUACCUUCAACGUGUGGGUCUCGACCUCGGACCCUUUCGCCAUCGCCAAGGCCAUGUGGCUCACCAACACGGCCCCUGCCGACGGAACCCCUGCAUCCUACGCCGUCUCACUACGUCAACCCCUUCCGAGGCGUGAACCCAGGCGCGGAUGCUGCUGCAGGCUUACUGUGCACCUCGACCAGUACAUCGACCUCUCCGCACGGGUCGGGGGAACCCGUCAAGAUGCACUGGAAGCUUGGUGGCUCUGACGGUUCCAGCAGCAGGCGACGGUACUGCAGUGAGCAAGGCGGUCGCGACUCCUUCUCCAAGCGCGACCACGACGACGAUGAAGAAGAGGGACGCCGUGGUCGCGGUGAUGGCCGCAAGGACAAGUCCUGGCACCGUGGCUGGCUGUCCAGGAGCAAGAGCGGCCGCCACGAGCCAUAUCGCCGCAAGGACUCCCGCGGGAGGCACCCUGCCUAUGAUGAUAUGGCACUGGGCGCGAACUGCACUGGGUCUGGUCCUCUACGCCGGCGCUACAACGGCAAGAAGCGAGCUACAACGACUUCUCCUACAAAAAAAGCAGGUUCUGGUUGUGCAGGACACAAAUACUGCAGCUGAAGGCUCCGUGGAACUCGCCCAAGGGUCGGAAGUACAGGUUGCUGAUGGUAGCUGCACUCUGCAAGAGUUCCUGGACAACAUCGCGCAGCCACGACCUCGGCAUCUCCUCCCAACGCCGGCAAAGUCUGCUACAAGCAAGCGCCAACUCCAGCAGAACAUCGCCAACGACCCUGCCCAACAGAACAUGCAAGAGAACUCCAUUGUCCGUCGCAGCGCGCGCCUCUCCAAAAAUCCAAAGGGGGCUGGCGCGCUGGAACUGAAGGCUCAAGAAUUCCUCGCGCGCGGGCUCGGCAUCAUUUCUGAUGGCGAGGACUUCGAUGAUGCUGCCAAGUCUCUCUUCGUCAAGAUGUUCCAAGGUCCAGAGCCACUCACUGAAGCUGCAAUCCUCGCCAUCGACAAGCUGGUUGUAUUGAUCAAGAAAAAGAUGCAGAAAAAGAAAGGAAAGGGGAAGGGGAAGGCCAAAGAAACCCUUCUCCUAGGUGCUGCUCCAGUCGUCGAUGUCUGAUUCAAGCAAGUGUCUGUCUCCUGCGUGCGUAGUGUGCGGCCUGUUUCCAAUGCGCAUGCUUCUUCAUGUAAUGCUUCGUGUUAGUCGUCGUAUUUUUCGCGUUAGUCGUCGUGUCUGCCAGCAUUGUGUGCGGCCUCCGUCUUUGUUCCAGACUUCCUGCGGCUUAUGCAGGCCUUUCUACAAAGCAAAGACAAUCGUGUUCGGCUAUAUUUUUGUUUCUUCGAUUGCGCCACUGCUUCAGCCUGUUUACUCCAGUUUUAUGGUUCUUCCAGUUGUGUUCCUUGGUUACCCAUCAGUGGCGGAGCGUGAGCUAAACAUAAGAGGGGGCGAU